UCCCCCCAUGGACUGCCUGUGGACUCUGUACAUCUGUGCAUUGCUGAAAGAACUCUGUUCAUCCCCUGUAAUGUGUCUGCAGUCUCUGGUCAUCUCCAGUAGUGUGUCUGCAGUCAUCUCCUGUACUAUGUCCGCAGUCUCUGAUCAUCUCCUGUACUAUGUCCGCAGUCUCUGAUCAUCUCCUGUACUAUGUCCGCAGUCUCUGAUCAUCUCCUGUACUAUGUCCGCAGUCUCUGGUCAUCUCCGGUACUAUGUCCGCAGUCUCUGGUCAUCUCCUGUACUAUGUCCGCAGUCUCUGGUCAUCUCCCGUACUAUGUCCUGUAGUCUCUGGUCAUUCCUGUACUAUGUCUGCAGUCUCUGGUCAUCUCCUGUACUAUGUCCGCAGUCUCUGGUCAUCUCCUGUACUAUGUCCGCAGUCUCUGGUCAUCUCCUGUACUAUGUCCGCAGUCUCUGGUCAUCUCCCGUACUAUGUCCUGUAGUCUCUGGUCAUCUCCUGUACUAUGUCUGCAGUCUCUGGUCAUCUCCUGUACUAUGUCUGUAGUCUCUGGUCAUCUUCUGUACUAUGUCUGCAGUGUCUGGUCAUCUCCUGUACUAUGUCUUUAGUUUCUGGUUAUCUCCUG